UUUGAUGCAAAACAAAAUAGUACAGGUUUCCCAUUUUUUUUAUUCUCCGCAUAAAUGAGUCUGGAAAUGAGCAAUAUCAACGGCGGGAAUGGAACCCAAACCGCUCACGACAAGCGUGAGUUGCUGUGCCUGCUGAAACUUAUCAAGAAGUACCAGUUGAAGAGCACGGAGGAGCUGCUAUGUCAGGAGGCGAAUGUGAACAGUGCGGAGUUGUCGGAGAUCAGCGAAGCGGAUGUCCAGCAGGUCCUUAGUGCGGCUCUGGGAUUGGGAGAUCCCACUCGGGACCGCAAGAAUGCCUCUGCUCCGGUCCAGGAUCACAAACAAUCUGCCGUGACGGAGGCCAAUGCCGCGGAGGCGCUGGCCAAGUUCAUUGGCGACGACAGCUUUGAUGCCGGGCACUACGAGCAGGCCUACAUGGAGUUGCGCACCUUCGUGGAGGAUUCCCUGGACAUAUACAAGCACGAGUUGUCCAUGGUGCUGUACCCCAUUCUGGUGCAAAUCUACUUCAAGAUGCUAGCCAGCGGACUGAGAGAAAAGGCCAAAGAUUUCAUUGAGAGGUAUAAAUCCGAUCUCGACGGGUACUACAUAGAGGGUUUGUUCAACCUACUGCUGCUGUCCAAGCCGGAGGAGCUGCUGGAGAACGACCUGGUGGCCGCCAUGGAGCAAGACAAGUUUGUGAUCCGCAUGUCCAGGGACUCACAUUCGCUUUUCAAGCGCCACAUCCAGGAUCGCCGACAAGAGGUGGUAGCGGAUAUUGUGUCUAAGUAUUUGCACUUUGACACCUACGAGGGCAUGGCGCGCAACAAGCUGCAGUGCGUCGCCACAGCGGGCUCUCACAUCGGCGAGGCCAAGAGGCAGGACAACAAGAUGCGGGUGUACUACGGACUGCUCAAAGAGGUAGACUUUCAAACUCUAACCACACCAGCGCCGGCGCCAGAAGAGGAGGACGACGACCCAGAUGCCCCAGAUCGUCCCAAAAAGAAAAAACCCAAAAAGGAUCCUCUACUAUCGAAGAAGUCGAAAUCUGAUCCGAAUGCUCCAGCCAUCGACAGGAUUCCGCUGCCAGAACUCAAAGACUCGGACAAGUUACUGAAACUGAAAGCCCUUAGAGAAGCCAGCAAGCGUUUGGCCCUCAGCAAGGAUCAACUGCCCUCCGCUGUUUUUUACACGGUGCUGAACUCUCACCAGGGCGUCACUUGUGCCGAGAUAUCCGAUGAUUCCACGAUGCUGGCCUGCGGAUUCGGAGACUCUAGCGUAAGGAUAUGGUCAUUAACGCCCGCCAAGCUGCGGGCCCUUAAGGAUGCGGAUGCGCUGCGGGAACUGGACAAGGAGUCGGCGGAUAUCAACGUGCGUAUGCUGGACGACCGAAGCGGCGAGGUGACCAGAAGUUUUCUGGGCCACACCGGACCCGUGUACCGCUGUGCCUUUGCCCCCGAGAUGAACCUGUUGCUUUCGUGCUCUGAGGACAGCACCAUAAGACUGUGGUCCCUGCUCACCUGGUCCUGCGUGGUCACCUACCGGGGGCACGUCUAUCCAGUGUGGGAUGUGCGCUUUGCUCCGCACGGUUACUACUUUGUAUCUUGCUCCUACGACAAAACUGCUCGCCUGUGGGCCACGGAUUCGAACCAAGCUCUGCGCGUUUUCGUGGGCCACUUGUCGGACGUGGAUUGCGUGCAAUUUCAUCCGAACUCCAACUAUGUGGCCACCGGGUCCAGUGACCGCACGGUGCGCCUGUGGGACAAUAUGACGGGUCAGUCGGUGCGCCUGAUGACGGGUCACAAGGGAUCGGUCAGUUCGCUGGCCUUCUCCGCCUGCGGAAGGUAUCUCGCCUCCGGAUCAGUGGACCACAACAUCAUCAUUUGGGAUCUAUCAAGCGGAGCACUGGUCACCACACUGCUUAGGCACACCAGCACCGUGUCCACAAUUACGUUCAGUCGCGAUGGAACUGUUCUGGCGGCGGCUGGCUUGGAUAACAACCUGACUCUGUGGGACUUUCACAAGGUCACUGAGGACUAUAUCAGCAAUCACAUUACUGUGUCGCACCACCAGGAUGAGAACGACGAGGAUGUCUACCUUAUGCGCACGUUCCCCAGCAAGAAUUCGCCGUUCGUUACCCUGCACUUUACGCGUCGCAAUCUCCUCAUGUGCGUGGGCCUCUUCAAGAGUUAGGAUCACAGUUUAGCUAAGUCGAUAUACGUAAAUUAGUUUAAGGUAAUGCUCGGAACAUUUUUUAACCAUUUUGUGUACUAUUCAUCUAGAAUGUCUUAUACUUUUAAGCGAAAAUGUUUAGCAUUUAAGGGAUUCACAACUUAUCAAUAAAUGUUAAUCAAGAAAA